CCUUAACGCCUCCGCUGAUUUGUUGACAAACACGAAAAAUCGUCUGGCUGUGAUGGCAAACUUCCCCUAGGAAUUGUCUGAGGUGGACAGGAGGGGAGGUUUGAGAUUCCAGCUGAGAAGUUGUCAACAUGGCUGAAUCUUCCUCUACCCCAAGACUUAGUUUCAUUAGUCGCCACGAAGCCAGUGCAAUAAGUCACAUGACUGACCUUAGUCGCUGGUCCAUCUUCAGUAUUCUGGAACCAGAUGUCCUAACUUCUAUCAAGAAAGUGUGUGUUUUUGGUAGCUCUGGAAAUGAGGCUAUUUUCCUGACUGAUGAUGAUGAUGUGUAUGCCAUUGGCUCCAACUGCAGCAGCUGCCUGGGACUAGGUGACACCCACAGUAGUUUCACUCCCAGGAAGAUUGAGGGACUCUGUAAGAAGAAAGUUGUUGACAUUGCUUUUGGGAGUGGACCUCAUGUUCUGGCAGUCACUGAAAAUGGAGACGUCUUCAGUUGGGGACAUAAUGGCUACUGUCAGCUGGGUAACGGAGGCUCUAAUCAAGGGUUCCAACCAGCCAUUGUCAACACAAAUCUUCAGGGAAAAAAAGUUUUUCAUGUGGCAUGUGGCAGCCAUCAUUCCAUGGCACUGACACAUGAAGGGGAGAUCUAUGCAUGGGGCCAGAACAACUGUGGACAGGUGGGAACAGGGACCACAACCAACCAGCCCACCCCACGCAAGAUCACAGCUGUCAUAGGCUGCCGGACAGUUGUAGCCAUCUCAUGUGGCCAGACAUCUUCUAUGGCUCUAAUGGACAAUGGCGAGUUGUAUGGCUGGGGCUAUAAUGGAAAUGGUCAGCUGGGGCUGGGCAACAAUGUGAAUCAACCCAACCCAUGCAAGGUGGCAGGUGCCCUCUCUGGUCUCAUCAUCAGUCAGGUGGUGUCGGGCUAUGCCCACACUAUGGCUCUCACAGAUGAAGGUGUACUAUAUUCGUGGGGAGCCAACUCUUAUGGUCAGCUUGGCACCAGCAGCAAGGCCAACCAGGUAUACCCUACCAGGGUGGAGAGAACUGAAAGGUUCGUGGAGAUUGCAGCCAGCCACUACACACACAUCUCGGCUGCCAUGAGCCAGACAGGGAAAGUAUACAUGUGGGGUCAGUGUCGAGGUCAGUCAGUCACCUCACCCAUGCUGACCCGCUUCAACUGUGUGGAUGAUGUAUUUGCCACAUUUUCAGCUCCUCCAAUCAGCUGGCGGACAUACAGUGUUGAACAUGUCCGAGGAUCCAGAAUAGCACAGAAUAUAUGCAAGGCUUUUGAUGAUCCAGUGACUGCUGAUUUGAAAUUUCUAGUGGAAGACAGAGAAAUCCAUGUACAUAAGGCUAUUCUCAAGAUCAGGUGUGAACACUUCCGCUCCAUGUUCCAGUCCUGCUGGGAUGAAGAUGGUAAAGACACCAUUGAGAUCACCCAGUAUCCAUACAGUGUGUACCGUGCCUUCCUCCAGUACCUGUACACAGACCAAGUGGAUCUCAUACCAGAGGAAGCAAUAGGCUUGCUUGACUUGGCCAAUGCAUACUGUGAACCCAUUUUGAAGAAUUACUGUGAGCAAAUAAUCAAACAAGGCAUCACAGUGGAAGAUGUUGCUAUGUUGUAUGCAGCUGCCAUCAAAUUUGAAGCCAAGGUAUUGGAGGAGUUUUGCUUCCGCUUCGCCCUGAACCACAUGACAGCUGUCACCCAGACUGAGGCUUUUACCAAGCUGGAUGAGUGUGUUGUCAAAGAGUUUAUUCGAAAGGCAGCCCUGGCCGGAGCUUUUAAGUACUGAGUUAAGGCCUGUACUGCACUAUACACCUGUUAUACGCUGCAGUAGAAGGAAUUGUGGCCAGUCACUACAGAAGAGUUAAUGCUGUUGUUGAAUACUGGACUGACAACUGUAACGCGACAUAUAGUUUACCUGUCUGAAGGACAUAGACUUGAUGAUAUGGUCAAGAUUAGGGAAUGGCAUCCCAUUGAUCUCAGAUGAGGACCCCAAGUUAGAUUGAACCCAUGGCUGGCUGGGGAAGCCAUGUGCCUGACAGUGUUAAUGAGUUUACUGGCUGCCACAUAUCUUGUUAGGUGAGCUUUGCAGAAUUAACCCUUGAAGGAAACUGCUACAACUUACCUUCCUCAAGACUGCUGAAAAAAGGUGCUUAUAUACACUCAUUUGCAUUUCCAAUCUGGUGUGAUUGAUUGGACAUAGUGCACAUAAACUGUUGUAGAUUAGAGUUUGACUGAGGUUACCAACUGCUCUGUCAUAUGCAUACAAUGAUUGAAUAUGGAAUACAAGGUGGUGUGACAUGCAAGGGAUCACCUCUUGUGUAGCUUGAGUCGAAGAUAUUAUUGGAAACUGUGUCAAUGUGAGAUACAAUUUUGAUUUAGUAGAUUUUUAGAAUGAAAAGAACACUUUUUUUAGUUGGGACCAUAUAAUGUAGGAUGGAUGUCUGGGUCAUGCUGAUGGAGUUGUCAGUUAUAUAUAUUUAUGGCUGUAGUUUGAAUGACAUUUGGUGAUGGAUUUGCAUAAUGGACUUUGUAAUUGAUAUCAGUAAGUAGCUACAGAACAGAGAAUAUGAAAAUAAGGUCAUAAAACCAGACUCAAUGCUUAUUUACUGGCAUUUUGAAUUCCCCUUCAGGCUGAUGAAGGUUUCAGGUAAUGAAACAGCAGGACUGUUUUUUACUAUGAAUUGCUAGGUUGAUUACAUUAGGAUUUUUUAAAUAACAAAUAAUAACAGAAUCUCUCCCCUCUUCAAGCAGUUGAUCAAACAAUCCAUAUGACAUAGCCAAUUAACAACUAGCCUGACCUUCAAAUAACACUUCAUAUAAAAGCUUUUUGAUAAGCUCUGAGCCUCACGUAGAAGGACAUGACCUUAAAAUAUUAAAAUUAUUUAUUUUUCAACAUAACUCCCUUCCACGUUGAUUGAUGCUGAAAGAGCUCAAAGCCAGACUUGUUAUUGUAGCCAUGACAAUGUAUAUUUUAUCCCCUGGUGCAUAGUCCUGAUGAAGAGCACACCUUUUCCCAGCUUCCCACAUCUCUUGGUCAACUCAUAAUUGCCUCAAAAGUCCAGCAUAAUAUGCUUCGUUUACUGGCUGGCCUUUUGGAAGAUUAUCCAACAUGAUGACACCCUCGGCAUCCAUGAACACAGCCAUAACCUUUCCAGCUGAUGGACAGUCUUUGGUGGUGGUGAUGUCAAAUGCUUCCACUGUUUUGCUUUUUGUUUGGACUGGAAGUGGUGAACCAAGGUAUCAUCCAGAGUCACAAACUGUUGCAGGAAGCUUUCUGGAUCAACUUCAAACAGAGCUAGGUUAACACAAGACCCGUUGUGCCUGGUACUUUUUGAUCAGAAGUCAGAAGCUUUGACACCAAAUGAUAAAGUUUCUGUGAUAAUGGACUCUACUCUCUCCUGGAGAAUGCCUACAGAACUAGCAAUAUGUCGGUCAUCACCAUAUAAUGGAUUCUCUGGAUCAUUAUUGGUGUUGCUGACAUGACAGGCCUUUCAGGACAGAAUCAAGUCAUCUUCAAGGCUGUCCCUGCCACACUUAAACUCUGCUGCCCACCUCUUUACAGUGGCAUAGGUAGGGGUAUUUUUCCCUAGUGUUGUACUCAUAUCUUUAUGGAUGGCUUUUUGUGUUAAGACCUGUUUCUGAAAGUACUUCACUAUAGCAUGUUCUUUAAGUUGGUCCUUUUUCCAAAAGACACAAACUCCUGCUUGUUGGCUGACUUGUUGUAGUGAAACAACUUGCUCAGUUGACUCAAGUUUUUGUGGAUAUUCAUUUAUGACAUCAUAUAGUGUCCACAACAAAAGAUCUAACUGUUACACAAUUCCUUCUAUGUGAGGCUCAGAACUUAGCAAUCAACGCCUAUCUAACAUUCAACUCACUUUGAAUGCAACCUUGGCAGUACACAAUGUUGUCUAGUAUUUUCUUCUUUUAAGCUUAAGAUGAACCUGUCCCAAAUGUUGAUGAGAUACAUAUAUACUAGUAGUUAGUGCUGUUUACUGAUGGACUGUCUUACCAUAGUGUGCUUUAUCUUUGUGGUUCAUACACGCCAGGCUGACAAUCAGUCACAAACAGAAUGAUUCAGUGGUUUUCCAUGUCUCUCGGCUUGAAUGUCAUGUUAUUUCAAUCUUAGAAGGCUAUUUGCUAAACUUAAGAUUACUGGGCAGAUUAACUUGACAUCCCUUCAUAAUAUAAAUAUAUAUAAGGUAUAGAUAAUGUUACACACAUGUAUGUUGGUUAUAUACUUCCUUUUAUGUUAAAUACGGUCUGCAAUACAUAUCGGGAUUAAGUGUGGUUAAUAAACAGUUAUGAUAUCUCAAACUUAUCAUAUCUCACACAU